AUGGCGACUUUGUGUGGAACCCAAGCCUUUGUGUUCCACAAACGUGCCUGCCACGGGCCCCUCUCCCUGGGUGGCUCAAGCCACCUGGGUGGGCACCUCGAGUCAACUGCCCUCCUGAAGGCCCCGACAGUCGUGGGAGGGAUUGGCUGCUGUGGGUCUUUUGGAGAUAUGGAGGCUGGAGAAGAGGCGCAGACCAUGGACUCAGGCCUCACAGAAGGGGUGGCCACAGCACCAGAGCCAGAGCCCAGCGGGGAGCCCGAGCCCCCGAGCCCUUCCAGAGGAGACACGGAACCACCCCCACCCCUACAACCGACCCCCACAUUCCCAGGAGGCCCAGAGAAGAUGGAGGGACAGGAGCCAGAGACGCGGCCCCAGGAGACAUCAGCCAGCGCUUGGAAUGGGCCAGACGAGCUGGAGCCAGCAUUGCAGGAAGAUGGACGGCAAUGUGUGCGUGCCCGGCGCAGCCUGACCGAGGGCUCUUCCUGGGGCCCAUUCCGCGGCACUGUCCAGAGCAGAGCCUCACCCCCAAGGCAGGGGCAAUCGAGCCCACCUCUGACCCUGCAGCUGGAGGACCAGACCUGCUGGCUGAGGACACUGCCCCAGGCCACAACGGAAGCCGAGGCCAAUAGUUUGAUCUACUGGAAGGACGAAGCCCUCUGGUGUAGGCUCACCAAGCUGGUGCCAGCUGGCGGGCUUCUGAGUGUGCGCCUCUCAGCUGAACCUCAGAGUGCUCCUACUCCUCUCCCCGUGAAGAGGGAGCAGGGGGAGGCUGAGGGCCAAGCUCCCGCCCACACCGACAUCCAGCUUCUGCCCCAGCAGGCUGGCAUGGCAUCCAUCCUGGCUACGGCAGUCAUCAACAGAGACAUCUUUCCCUGCAAGGACUGCGGCAUUUGGUAUCGCAGCGAGCGCAACCUGCAGGCACACCUGCUUUACUACUGUGCCAGCCGCCAGAGCGCAUGCUCUCCCGCCGCCUCUGAGGACAAGCCCAAGGAGACCUACCCCAACGAGCGCGUCUGCCCCUUCCCCCAGUGCCGCAAAAGCUGCCCCAGCGCCAGCUCACUGGAAAUUCACAUGCGCAGCCACAGCGGAGAGCGCCCCUUCGUGUGUCUGAUUUGCCUAUCGGCCUUCACCACCAAAGCCAACUGUGAACGGCACCUAAAGGUGCACACAGACACACUGAGCGGCAUAUGUCAUAGCUGCGGCUUCAUCUCCACCACAAGGGACAUCCUCUACAGCCACCUGGUGACCAGUCACAUGAUCUGCCAGCCCGGCUGCAAGGGUGAGCUCUACUCUGUUGGGUACCCGACUGCCAAGAUCCCGGCAGACAGCUUGGCUGGCUUCCCGCAGCCUGCGGCCUUGCCCGGCGCCCUAGCCACUGCAGACCUAGUGCCCACGAGGUCGCCAGGGCUAGAGAGGAAGCCCCUGAUGGAAACCACAAAUGGAGAAGCUUGUGCGGCCCCCCAGAACGGUGGCGAGCCCCCCGCCCCCCGAGAUAUCAAAGUGGAGGCGGAGGAGGAGCCCGAGGCCGAACAGGCUUCAAGUCCGGCGCCCCGGGCCCCCUCGCGCACACCAUCGCCGCACAGCCUCCCGACGCUUCGUGUCAAGGCCGAACGUACCAGCCCCUCGCCCGCCUGCAGCCCCGCGCCCGGAGAGCUGGGAGCGCCAACCGGGCCGCUUUUCCUGCCACAGUUCGUGUUCGGCGCGGAUGCAGUCCCGCAGGCCUCGGAGAUCCUGGCCAAGAUGUCCGAGCUGGUGCACAGCCGGCUCAAACAGGGCCAGGGCGCGCCGGGGCUGUUCCCGGGGACUCCCGCCCCCAAGGGCGCCACGUGCUUCGAGUGCGAGAUCACCUUCAAUAACAUAAACAACUACUACGUGCACAAGCGACUCUACUGCUCCGGACGUCACCAGGCAGAGGAUGUGCCAGGCGCGCGCAGGCCCAAAGGACCCGCGCCCGCGCCCGCGCCCGCUCCCCACGGGUCUCAGCAGACUGCGCCAUCGCCGCCACUGGCCCCCGAGACCGAUGCAGGUCGCUCGCCGCCCAGCCCCGACGCGAGAGACGAGGAGACCAGCUCUGGGCCGGGGGCGCAAGCGGCGACUCCUGAGGCUGAGGCUGCUGGCCGAGGUAGCGAGGGUAGCCAGAGCCCCGGCAGCUCGGUGGACGACGCGGAGGACGACCCUAGCAGGACGCUGUGCGAGGCCUGCAACAUUCGCUUCAGCCGCCACGAGACCUACACAGUGCACAAGCGAUACUACUGCGCCUCACGGCACGACCCGCCGCCUCGCAGGCCACCCGCAACCACGGCCAGCACAGGCGGGCAGCCAACCGUGCGCACGCGCAGACGCCGCAAGCUCUAUGAGCUGCACACCCCCGGAGCCCCGCCCCCGCCAGCGUCCGGCCCCGCCCACCCACUGCCGGCCGAGCAGCCGGUGUCUCCCGGACCCGCCGAUGGCCCCAUCGACUUGAGCAAAAAGCCACGACGCCACGGCCCCGAGACCGCACCCGGGCCUCCGCCACCGCCGCCGCCGCCGCUACCGCUGGCCGACUACCACGAGUGCACGGCGUGUCGCGUGAGUUUCCACAGCCUCGACGCCUAUCUGACACACAAAAAGUUCUCGUGUCCCGCCGCGCAGCUCCGCGGCCUGCGCGCGCCCGACGACGCGCCCCCUGCCGCCGCCGUUGUGUGUCCCUACUGCCCCACGAACGGCCUGGUGCGCGGCGACCUGCUGCAACACCUCCGCCGGGCGCACGGGCUGCUGGUGGGCAGGCCCGAGGCCCGGACGCCGCCCGCCUCCCCUCCACCGCGAGUCCCCCGGGACAGCCUCAAUGGCCAGGAGUCCGCGGAGCCGGCGGCCGGCAGCCCCCUUCCCGGCCCGCCCGCGUCCCCGGCCGCCACGCCGGCCCGUGGCCUCUCGCCAGUGCCCGCGCCCCCGGCACCCCCUUCGGACCAGGGCGCGCAUACCCCCGGUAAAGGGCCACCGGCGCCAGUGCCCAACGGCAAUGCCAGGUACUGCCGCCUGUGUAACAUCAAAUUCAGCAGCCUGUCCACCUUCAUCGCCCACAAGAAGUAUUACUGCUCCUCCCACGCCGCGGAGCACGUGAAGUGA